AAGCGGAUUCCCAACCACUGCGCCGCCAGGGAAGCCCAAGUUGUUGCCAAUUUAAGGCAUCCAGUUUAAUCAUUUUCUUUUCUAGGAGGACACAGCUGAUUAACACACUUCUUGUCUUUUCCCCUAAUCCAGUUAAAAGGUCUCAUUUUUUUUUCUGUUUUUAAAAAUACAUUUUAAUAUAUUAUGGAGGUAUAAUUUACAUAUAAUACAAUGUACCAUCGUAAGUAUAUGGUUUAAUGAGUUUUGACAAACCAUCAUUCCAGUCAACAUACAAGACUUUUUCAUUACCCCAGAAAAGUUCCCUCAUGCCCUUUGAAGCCAACCUUCCCACCCCAGGUAACCAUUGAUCUGUUGUUUUGCCUGGAUUUCAUACAAUACAUGGUUCUUCUGUUAGCAUAAUGUAAGAUUCAUCCACAUUAUUGCAUAUAUCAGAAAUGUAUUAUUUAUUACUGAAUAUAUUCUGUGUGUGGACUACCACAAUUUGUCCAUUUUCUUGUUGAUGGACAUUUGGAUUGUUUUCAGUUUUUUGGCUAAUUUGAAUAAUACUCUGAACAUUCAUGCACGCAUCUUUUUAUGAACACAUGUUUUCAUUUCUCAUGGGUAAAGCUUAAGAAUGCAGUUGUUGGGUCACUUGUUUGAAAGAAACUGUCAAACUUUUUCACAGUGGUUGUACCAUCUUAUACUCCUGCCAUCAGUGUAUUUGGGUGUCCACAUCCUUGGCAACACCUGGAAUUGACAGUGAUAACUUGUUUAUCCCUACGGUAAAGAAGGCACGUGGCUGAUGAGCAGGGAGGCGAGGCCGCAGAGUGAGGCAGAGGGGCAGGCCUGGGAAGCAGAGGACGAUGACAUGGCAGAAGGCGAUUUAGGGUAUGGCCUCAGAAGAAGGCCCGGCGGCAUUUAUGAAGUGCAAGUUUCACAUUUAUUUACAUCUAGAAAAAGAUCAGAUGGAAAGGCCUUUAGUCCUCCCCCGUUUUCAAGAAAUGGGGAAGAAAGAAACAGUGCCGUUUUUCAGUAUUCCAAGCAUAAGAGCUUGCAUGAUACACACCCGGAAGGACCCCAAAUUCCCUAUCACGGCCGACAAAGUAGCACUGUAGAUUCUAAUUCAGAGUUGUCAAAUGUGGAAUUAAGGCAACGUCUUCAGGAAACUUUAGAGGAGGUAGAAAUUUUGAAAACUGAACUUGAGGCAUCUCAAAGACAUCUUGAAGGUAAAGAGGAAGCAUUGAGAAUUCUUCAAAGCAAUGUAAGAAGUUACUUUUACACUUUCAUCAGGUACACAUUCCAAUGAUAGGUAGUAUGGUUUUAUCUUUUUAAUUUAAUUGAAUUUUUAUAUUUUUGGCCAUGCUGCACAGCUUGCCGGAUCUCAGUUCCCCAGCCAGGGAUUGAACCCAGGCCAUGGCAGUAAAAGUGCCGAAUCCUGAACACUAGACCACCAGGGAACUCCCUGGUUAUAGCUUUUAAAAUAAAAGCAUCAGUGUUUAUAAUAUAGUUUUUUUUUUUGAGCUAUAGAUUUUUAAAACAGCUUUAUUAAGAUAUAACUUAAUGUCAUGAAUUUCACUUGUUUUAAGCAAUUUAUUUUUAGUAAACUUAGAAUUGUGUAACUAUCAUCACAACUUAAUUUGGAACAUUCCCAUCACCCCAAAAAGGGAACAUUCCCAUCACCCCAAAAAGGGAA